UCUCAUUCUGGUUCACCUGGCAUGUCACUGACAAGAGAAGAUCGCGCCUGACACUCGCCGACUCUCACCUUACAUACCCGUGCCAAUACCCUCUGUCUAUAAAUUAAUCCCUAUCGGACAGACACACUUCGCUUCUCAGGCGCAUCCCCUCUCACACAUCGGCACCCGGUCUCGUACAUAUUGCUCGCAGGCAUCGCUCUCCCAGCUCAUAACCAUGGUCUCCCCGAGCACAUUGAAUCUCACCGCGCUCUCUGCCGUGAACGGACAGUCUGUCUUUGAGUGCUGGGCCUUGCAACCUGGGUUCGUCUCGUCCGCGCAACCCGGUACCGCUGGAGCCAUCAGCCUGCAGCUGGGCAACCUGGCGAACGCGAGCUACGCGAUCAUCCCCGCGGGUUUCGACGCAGGCAGGCAUAACGCGCCGAACGUGCAAUACGUCGUGUUCCUAUCAGGACUCGCGCACAUUACUCUUCCGAAUUCUACGCAGGAGGCGUGGGUACAAGGCGGUCGUAAUGGGAUGAUCUUCGCUGCGGACACGGCCGACGUCAGUUUGCUGGGGCACUCUACGGCGUACCCCUCGGGGGACCAAACCGUCGCAAUGCAAAUACCAACAGAAGGAGGGCUUGUUCCCAACCAUACUGUGCUACACAGUGGGCCCUGUGUUGUUGGGACGGAGUACAAAAGAAAUCUGAUAGACUUGGAUUAAUGCUAUUGUUGGGACUGUCAUCUUGCUUUGAUGCAUAUGGACGCCACAUAUUUAUACUGUUACAAACAUCAAGCUGCUCGGGCUUUGGACACAUUAUAAAUGUAGACCUAUCGGUUUCAAACUGUAAUAUCCUACUCGUCACUCCUUGCAUAAUGCACCUGUGCUUCAGUCCGUC